GAGACAAACAGAGUGUGUGAUGGAAGGAAAGCACAGGAUAAGCACACACAGAAAGAGAGAAAGAGAGAGAGAGAGAAAGAGUGAAUUAAGCGAUAGAAAGAAGGUACAGGAAAGCACAGCAAUACGUAAAUCUUUUCUUCCUAACUGAAGUCAUGGCAGAUGAAACUCCUGUUGACGUGAAGGAUGAGGUGGCAGAACUUGUGCCAUUCGAUCCUACGAAAAAGAAGAAGAAGAAGAAGGUUGUUAUUCAAGAUCCUGCUGAUGAUGUUGUGGAAAAGUUGGCUGAGAAAACGGAAAAUUUAUCUGUGUCUGAUGGACUUGAAAACACUUUUGCUGGCAUGAAAAAAAAGAAGAAGAAACCUGUAGAAACUGAUACUUUGAGUGAUGAUCAUGAAAAUGAGGUUGCAGGAGAAGAUUUGGAUGACCAUGUAGGUGAGGAUGAUGAAGGAGAAGGGAUUGUACUUGGACAACGAUAUCCUUGGGAGGGAAGUGACCGAGAUUAUGAAUACGAAGAGCUUCUAGGUAGGGUGUUCAAUAUCUUGCGUGAGAAUAAUCCUGAGCUUGCAGGAGAUAGACGUAGAACAGUGAUGAGGCCACCUCAAGUACUCCGUGAAGGCACAAAAAAGACUGUCUUUGUGAACUUUAUGGAUCUAUGCAAGACGAUGCAUAGGCAGCCAGAGCAUGUCAUGACUUUUUUAUUGGCUGAAAUGGGAACCAGUGGAUCUCUUGAUGGACAACAAAGAUUGGUUGUUAAAGGAAGAUUUGCUCCCAAGAAUUUUGAAGGGAUUCUGCGAAGAUAUGUCAAUGAAUAUGUCAUUUGCAACGGUUGCAAAAGUCCAGACACAAUUUUAUCAAAGGAGAACCGUUUGUUCUUUCUCAGAUGCGAGCAGUGUGGUUCUGGACGGUCUGUUGCUCCAAUCAAGGCUGGUUUUGUUGCGCGUGUUGGACGUAGGAAGGCUGGCACAUGAUCUAGGCUCUCUUGUUUUUUCCCUCUUUUUUUCUUUUGGCUCCAGCCCCCUUCAUGGGGAUUUUUUUCUGGGGAUACAGUAUCCUCUCUUAAGCCAUGGAACUCGAUUCACAUAUUCUUAUGCUGAAUUGGUUAUCAUUUACCCUUGUGAUUUUUCCUUAAGCUAUUUUUUUGAAUUAGGUACUUAA